AUGAAAUACUCCAUGAUGAGGAGAAUCAUGUUACCUGUUAUAUUUCUAUAUAUGAUAAUUCUGACCUGGAAUUACAGGGGAGCCGCCAGUGUGGCUUUUGGUCGCUCUCUAAAAGAACUGGUAAGAAUUCAUAAUCCAAACCUUGUAGUCUUGCUAGAAACAAGAUGCAGUGGGGAUAAUGCAAAAAAUGUCAUUAGUAAAUUAGGUUUUCCUUUUUAUCAUAUUGAGGAGGCAUGUGGUUUCAGUGGAGGCAUUUGGAUCAUUUGGAGGGAUUCAGACCUUGCUAUAGAUUUUUUAGUCUCGAAGACACAAUAUGUUCACAUGAGAAUUCAAGAAGGCAACCAUGCAAGCUGGAUCUUCACGGCGAUUUAUGCUAGCCCUCAGGAAAGGGUUCGAAAGCAAACCUGGAGAGAGUUGCGUAAUAUUGCUACUAAUAUGGGAGAAGAGUGGUUGCUAGCUGGUGAAUUUAAUGAAAUAAUCCAUCCUUUGGAGAAGAAAGGGGGAGGUCGUUCUGAUGCUCAUGCCUGUAGAAAAUUUAGAAACUGGAUUAACAACUGCUCACUGAUGGACUUGAGAUUUUGUGGCUCUAAAUUUACCUGGAGGGGACCUAAGUGGGAAGGCUUAGAAAGAGUCUUCAAAAGGCUAGACAGAGCUUUAUCAAAUGCGUCGUGA